ACGUGGAUGGGGAGGUGACGUUGUUCUAGGGGCAUGUGACGUGUGUGCAAAGCGCUGCGGGAGGGGUCGACAUGGGCACUGCCCUGGAUGUCAAAAUUAAGCGGGCUAACAAGGUGUAUCAUGGCGGGAGCUCGCCGCUAAGCUAGUGUGCCCAGGAUUGUGGUCUUGUGGCUGAGGAUAGUGAGGUGAUAUUCUUGUUUUCACAAACAGGAAUUUCUCAGUGGAGUGGUGGUCAUAACAAGUAAAGAUUCAGUCCAGCACCAGGGAAUCUCUUUAACAAUGGAAGGAUCUGUAAAUCUACAACUCAGUGCCAAAAGUGUUGGUGUGUUUGAAGCCUUCUACAAUUCUGUUAAGCCCAUCCAACUUAUUAACAGUACUGUAGAAAUGGUAAAACCUGGAAAACUGCCCAGUGGUAAAACAGAAAUUCCUUUUGAGUUUCCACUGCAGGUAAAGGGAAACAAAGUUCUUUAUGAAACAUACCAUGGAGUUUUUGUCAAUAUCCAGUAUACUCUUCGGUGUGACAUGCGGCGCUCUCUCCUGGCUAAGGACUUGACAAAGACAUGUGAAUUUAUUGUCCACUCCCUACCCCAGAAAGGUAAACCAACUCCAAGCCCGGUGGAUUUCACUAUUACACCUGAAACUCUACAGAACGUUAAAGAGAGGGCCUCUCUCCCCAAAUUUCUCAUUAGAGGCCAUCUCAACUCAACAAACUGCAUCAUAACCCAGCCACUGACAGGAGAACUGGUGGUGGUGAGCUCAGAAGCUCCCGUUAAGAGUAUUGAACUCCAAUUAGUGCGAGUGGAAACCUGUGGCUGUGCUGAAGGUUAUGCUAGGGAUGCCACUGAGAUUCAGAAUAUUCAGAUAGCUGAUGGAGAUGCUUGCAGAAAUCUUCCUAUUCCAAUCUACAUGGUGUUCCCACGGCUUUUUACCUGCCCUACACUAGAAACUACAAACUUCAAAGUUGGUUUGUGGGGACAAGAAGACUGUGACACCAUCACUAUCCAGGACUCAGAGCAGGGGAAUAAAUUCAGCCUUGCAUGUAGUGUAGUUAUGACAUAAACUGAAGUUUUUCUUAACUGGUAUUCAGAGCCUGUGGAAUGGGUUGGAUCUUUGUUUUUGUAGUCAGAUGUUAAUUGGGUAGCCACUUUUAAUUCUUUCAUACUAUAUUACAAGCCAUGAAGUGUCUGUUGCAAUGCUUAGUUGUUAAAUUGGAAUGCAGCUUAAAAGUAUUUUGAUUUAAAAAAUCCUCCCAUGUAAUGGGGCAGGAUAUUUAAAUUUUUCAAAGCUUAUUCAGUUUCAAGUAUUUCUUAGUUAAAAGUGGUAAGCUCCACCUCGGGGGGUGGGGUGGGGUAUCUCCUGUUUGAGACAGAAAGGGGAAUAUCUCUUAAAUGAAAGAUGCUGUGCCUACCAAAUGCUGUUUUUUCUUUAGAUUUGUUUUUCCUCAUGUAGAUCUAAUCAAUAAUUAUAUACAUUUUUAGUAGAUUAUUCAGCCAAGAUUUCUUUAAUUGGGUGAUACUUAGAAUGAAGAUACUCUUAAUACUGCAGAAGCAUAGGACAGAACAUUUGUAUGUUGCUGUGAUUUGAACUAAUGCCAAUACUUUU